GUUGGGGUGACGGGCGGCCGGGUGGUGGGAAAAGAACCACGUGAUGUGAUCGGACUAAGGAGUUGAGGCGGAUGUCGGACGGGAACGAUGCCUGGGAGUUGAUGUUUCUCUUGAGAGCUGAAUGACAAGAUAGUAGCCGUGUAAGGACUUGAAAAUGCUGGAGGCGAAGUGACCUGGGUCAUGACUGUGACCUUACGCUCAAAAUCUUGACUUCUCGUGCCGAUGUGAUAGCUGAACAGUGUGAACAGUGACCUUGGCAAAGGUCAGUUGGCUGGCACGGGACAUCAAACAAGCCCACAGAGGUCAAGUGGCGACCCGAUCUGACCUGACCUGACCUGCCGUCAUGGACGGCUCGCAGAGGUCAAUCCACGUCCAGUGGACGCUGCUGCUGCCACUGCUGUUUUUCCUGCCUGCUCGGAUGCUGGCUCAAGUGGCGGUGACGGGCUGUGACCAGCCAGGCUGUAUCGACUGCGACGAGCUCGGGCACUGCACGCGCUGUACCCGAGCCAUCGUCCACGGCACGCGCCAGUGUGUCACCAGCUGCCCGGGCAACUACCGGCUGGUGCAUAGUGACGUCACUGGGUACCAGGGUCUGCUCUGCAGAGCGCACCGUUUUCUGGACACAGCGGAUCUAACCACCGGCGAGUUGGCCGCCCUGGUGACCGCUCUGCUCGUGGCUGCCGUCUGUAUCGGACUGGCCAUCGGCGCCUUCAUGUAUCUCCGACUGAGGCGGAAAAUGGACCCACUCAGGGAGCGGCUACACCACAGGGAGCCAGACCCUCUGGACCUGGAGCGGGUACAAUUUGUGACCCGAGUGCGCGCCCUGCGACCAGAGAUCGGCACCUUUCUCAGCCUGCUGUCGGAUCCGCGGCCACCCAGUCGCUACUCUACUGAGGAGGGGACCGGCCGCAGCAGUCGACACACACUCAGAACCAGCCAGCCGUCCUCCGCCGACAGCCGCACCAGUCAGCAGGACCUGAGACGGCUGCUGGCACUGCUGGCCAGCCGCGAGCAGCAGCUGCGCCAGCCGCCUGCUGACUGGCAGCGGCUGCUGGACUGGGCCGAGCGGCUGCUGAGGAAACACCGCCACGCCAGGCCCAGCAGCAAGGUCAGCGGACCGUCUCCGCCACACGUGGAGUACCUGCCACGGUCGGUGACUCCCGCGUCCCGCCGGCCACGGCCUACCUCCGCCGCUACCGGCGGGCGGCCACUCACCAGUGCCACAGGCUCCUUCUUCAGCCUGACUCAAACGGUCAUCGAAGAGGAGGACACCGAUCCGGCGGGCCCGAGCAGCCUGCCGCUGGCGGGCGCGCGUCGCUCGCGGGGCCGGCCCAGCCGCGCGGUGCCGCUGAGUCGUGUGCGGCGGACCGGCAGCCGGAGGUGGCGCGCCCCGGGCCGACGCCGCACGGACAGCGCGCCCGGAGGUCUGUCCCGGCCGGCUGUGUUCGUCCACCGGGUGAACGGCGGCCAGGGGUCCGUCUGGGGCCGGCCAGGCUCGGCGCCGCUCUCGGCAGCGCCCACCGGAGGCGCGCACUCGACCCUGCCCUCGGGGGCCGGGGUGGACACUGCCACAGCGCCGGGGUCUGGUCUGAGACCGGCCACCGCCGAGCCUCGGCCCACCUACCGCGACUGGCCCCUGGACCGGCUCCGGCACCUCAGCCAGGCACCGGCGGCGGUCCGACCGCGCCCCCGGCCCCGCUCGCGGCGCAGCGCGGCCGCGGGCAGCGGAGCACUGACGAAACUAUCCGUGGGUAGUGCCGCGCCGCUCCUGUGGCCGCCACGGCACGAGGAUGGCGGGCUGCACAGUGAUGUCAUUGAACAGGAGGGCACCAGCUUCAGCGGACGGUACCUGCAUCCGCAGGACCUCAGCACGGUGCUGUAAGAGCGAGUGAGCGGCGAGCGGUAUCAGCGACCUCUGAAGGAAGUGGCGACAACCGUCACCCUUGUGGCAGGGCGAGGGGUGCUGGCCUGCCGCUACUUGUACUGUGAUGAUGCCUGAUGAAAAGGUGCGGUAUGCGAUGCAUCACAAGUUUUAUAGCAAAAAUGCGCGUCUACAACGAAUGGUGUGUGGGUAAGAACUUAUCUAUGAUCUGUUUCUGUUAGAUCUAAAGAAACCGGCCGCGUUAUAAAGUCUCCAUGGACGGUACCUGUAGGAAAUAGGAAUACAUGGCCUGAAUGAGUGCGACCAUGAGGUGAGAUUAUAUUUGGGAAUGGC